UAGAUACAUAAAAUGACUAUUGAAGAAGUUCAAGUAGUGUCUGAUAACAAUGAUUUCGAAAUUAACUCCGUCUUGGAGGAACAUAUUUCCACCAAAAAUCACGAGGAGCUUAUGAAGGCUUUAUCAGUGUCUGUUGAAGAAAGUGGAAAGGGCAACUUUCAUCAAGGUAUUCAUACACCAUCAGCCAAAGCGCCUAGUCACUGGUAUCGACGCAAACUCACAGGUUGGCUCCAUCAUCAUCUUGUACCUGAACAUUUCCGAUUGGCAGUAGAAAAGAAAUUCGGCGUGUUUAUUGUUCUUCGCGACACGAAUGAAUACCAUUAUGAAGAAAUGCCUAUUUAUACUCGUAUUGGUAUGCACUUGUUAUUUGUCGGUCAUCACUAUCACGAAAAGUUUGUUGACAGUUCCAUGAUGCACCGUCUCUUCCUUCACGAAAGCUUGAAACAAGGCACUUAUUUUACUGAUCCCAAAUCCGUCUCACAAAUCCCUUCAUUCAUCAACCACUACUCGAUCGACAUGACUGACUAUGUUCAACAAGACAUAUCCGCUUAUGCCAACUUUAAUGAAUUCUUCAUCAGAGCCAUACGUCCCGAGGUUCGUCCUAUUGCUGAUCCAAACAAUUUGGAUGUUCUUGUCUCUGCUGCUGACUGUCGUUUGAAUGUUUUCCAUCAUAUCACUGAAGCUACUGAAUAUUGGAUCAAGGGUAAGAAAUUUACUUUGGCUAAUCUAUUUCAAAAUGAAGAUUUGGCCAAAUCAUUGGAUGGUGGGUCAUUAGCCAUUUUCCGUUUAGCCCCUCAAGAUUAUCACCGAUUCCAUAGUCCUACUCGAGGUACUGUCCAAUCUAUUUCAAACAUCGAAGGCACUUACUUUACUGUCAACCCAUGUACUGUUCGUGAAGAAUUGGAUGUUUUUACGGAAAAUCACAGACAAAUCAUUCAAAUGAAGGAUUAUAAGGAUCGUCCUUUUGCCGUGGUAGCAGUAGGUGCUUUACUUGUUGGCUCAAUUCAACUCACCAAUGCAAAGAAUGAAGGCGCGACGCUAGACAAGGGUGAAGAAAUGGGUUAUUUCCAAUAUGGUGGGUCUACUGUGAUCUGUGUGUUUGGCAAGGAUACUGUACACUGGGAUCAAGAUCUUACCAAGAAUUCUACUCUUUCCUUUGAAACCUAUGUGCGCAUGGGUGAACGUAUUGGUACUUUUAUUUAAAAAAAAAAAUAGUCUGUUCUCUUGUCCACGUGGAAUAAAAUAAAAUC